AUAUCCCUUGUGUGCUCAACGUCCUCGACGGUGAGAAGGACGUGAAUGUCGCGCUGUGAACGUCAGAAAGAGCGUGUCAUCCCGACGGCGGAGGCAAGCGCGUGGGCGGCGAGAACCCUUCCGGUUCAUUUGCGUCCAAAUUUUCCCGAAAAGGUCCGGGCUUGCACAUUUCAAGCUAUUUCAAGUGGCUGCACUCACUUCCCCGCACUGUAUUCAUCGUUUGACAUACAUUUCCAACUUUCCCUUGUCGAAGCUUUGCUUAGCUGAAAGUGCGUUGGACCUGGAUGUCGACCGCUUUAGAUCGUCAAAUUCGUCCGAUCUACGAUGCUCUCGACACUCAAUCCAACAAGUCGGCUGUGCUGGCUUGCAAUAAAGUACUCAAAAAGCAACCUAAUAACGUGCUAGUGAAGGCUUUGAAAGCUCUUGCACUCGUUCGUCUUCAAAAAGUGGAGGAGUCAUUGCUUUUAGCAGAUGAGGUCCUUGCGAAGAAGCCUACUGAUGAUGGAGUGCUCACAGCUAUGAUGCAUGUUCUGAGGGGUCUCGGUCGACACUCGGACAUCGUCGCUAUGUUUGAGACUGCUUACAAGCAGCAUCCACAAAAUGAGGACCUCGGGACCCAGACGUUCUUUGCUAAUGUCAGGGUCGGCAAUUGGAAAGCUGCACAACAGGUUGCGACUAAGAUGCACAAACAGUUUCAAGAUGACCGAUACCUAUAUUGGAGCAUUUUCAGUGCAGUACUUCAGGCAAAUGAUAUGGCAACUCCGGAAGCUUUACGACCAGUCCUUCUGAAACUCGCACUCAGGCUCAUUUCGUCCGGAAACACACCAUCCUAUUUCAACCCUGACCGAUUUUACGUGCACCUACUCAUCCUUCGCGAAUUAGAAAUGUAUGACGAUGCUGCUACCCUCUUGAACCACGAGAUUGGCCAGAAGAUAUGCGAAACAAGUCUUGUUUGCGACGAAAUUCGACGUGACAUCAUGAAGUUAAAAGGUGCAUGUAAACAAGAGGGUGAGCAGGCAAAGGUGAAAAUCUUGGAAAAGAAGGAUCGUAACUGGUUGGAGUUCCUCUCACUACUUGAUGCAACAUUCUGGGAUAUCGCCUCCACGUCUGAGCCUGCCAGUGAAGACGUCAAAGCCGCUGUCACGGAGGAGAUCGCCAAGACCCGAAAAGUAUUCUCCGAAGCGGCCACUGUAGAUGGGCUGAAGGACCGCUCUGGACUGCUCGCUCUUUUAGAGCUGGAGAAACGUACAAAGAGUCAUGGAUUGUGGACUGAUGCGUGCGAGAUACGUAUGAUGGCUGAGAACUAUUUCUCGCAAUUUGGCGAUAAGGCAUGCUGUUAUGAGGACUUGCUGCCAUACUUGGCAUUCGAAGGAGAGGAGCUUGAACAGUGGACGUCGUUCUUGAACUCACGCAAGUCUUUCGACACCCCUGACACUCUUCAACGGUCUAUCAACGUCUACAAGCUACUCCGGUACAACCUGACAUCUGCGGAACUCACACCCGAACUCGAACUUGCCCGUGCUCAGGAAUACAUCAAGGUCUAUCUCGAUGGACUCAAGUUUGGGGUCAACCUCCCAGACACUGAACUGCAACCUGCAGACGACUUUGCAAUUCUAGUUGGACAUGCCUACGUAUCGUUAUGGAAGCUCACCGGAGAGGAGUCCCAUCUUCAGAGCGCUGCUGCUACCCUGGAGUAUGCCUCAGCUCGCAGCAAACAGUCGUAUCGAAUUCGGCUUUUGUUGAUUCGCAUCUAUCAUUUAUUGGGCGCACCUGCACUGGCACUAGAUCAUUACCGUCUCAUGAAUGUCAAGCAAGUUCAGACUGAUACGUUAUCGCAUCUGAUCCUCUCACGAGCAGCUAUGUGGUCACUGGCUCCGCUCGGCGACAUCACAUACAUGUCUGAAUGUAUGGAAGCAAGUCAGAUCUACAUGAGCAAUUCUACGGAAGUAUGUAACUUGCUUUUGAUACUAUUCGCAAUUGUAAUGACAAAUAUACAGACUGCCGAAUUCAUUGCACGGGCAUUUUCAACAGAACGAUAUUCACAGAUAAUCGAUUUCAUUGAGUUUGAGGACCGUCUUGACAAUUCACUACAGCGCGACUUGAUGAAAGUUGAGCAUGUCCGCAUGCGUGUCGCUCACGAACCUCUUAAUGCAGAGCUCGUUGACAUGGAGCUAAUCGAGCUGAAAUUCAUCUUCGAUCGAAUUCACCACGAUAAUCGGGAUUUCGAGGUCAUCCCCAACUAUCAGCCUCGAUGCCAGCCAUCUUUCAAUGAGCAAACCUUGCCACUGAAGCCUCCCGGGGCGGGGUGGUUGAGUGCCUACCUCAAGGUGUACAUCCGUGCAUUCCAAGAGGCUAGUGAUCUUGAUGAAACAGUUGAGGAUAAACUCCUUAUUGGUGAUCGGCCAAAACCGAGCAAUGAUCCUGAAAAUCAGCUGCCACUCCGAGAACGGCUAGUGAAGAAGAGGCAGGAGGAGAUCGACGACCUAUCCGAGGACGAGAAGCUCUUCUACGAGUACACGUUGGCAUUGUCAGAGUGGGUUGGUCCUUACCACGACUAUGUACGACCGCCCCCCUCGGCAUUAUUAGCUGAGGCAGCAAAGUCGAAUGACCUAAAACCUGGUCAUCCACUGAAGUCCAUGGCUGCCGCAGCUAAUGGCUCCGCCACCAACGGGCACUCAAAGAAGGACGAAGAACCUCCAGCAGUCAAGGAAUCACCGGAACUGAUCCCGAAGUUCUUUGACGACAUGAAGUCACGCUUCGAUGCUGUUAUUUCUGGCACGGCUUUGCCGUCCGAGUUGUUGCAUAUUGUAGCGACAACACAGGAGGCAUAUUUGCUUUUUGCACUCGAGACAGUUCGCUUCAAGCCGAACUCUAUCAUCAAGCAGUAUAAGUUUGGACAAUUGGCCCAAAGCUUCAAAGAUCUCCGUGUCAAGGCUUCAUCGAUUCUCAACGAGAUGUCAACCGUUCUCGCGAAGCUUGGGGAAGAGGUCGCUACACCCGAUGGUCGCAAGGCUUUCGUCCAAGCAUCGUCUUCCAUUCAGGACUCAUCCGGCUUUGAUCAUGACUUCGUACUUGGAGUGGCGAAGAAGACGACUGAUGCUCGUAAACAGACGUACGAGGGCAUCGCGAAAGGCCUCGCGAAGGUCGUCAAAAAUCACUCAUAGUUAUUGAGACUGCUCAGAGUUUCACAUUUAUAUACAGUAGAUCCUAUCGCUGCUUGAUUGAUAUCGUGUUGUCUUUGUUGCUCUAUCACAGUUGCUAUAAUAUCCUCCACUCCCCUUUCACUUCUUC